AUGCGCUCUUUCGUUUUGAACAAUGUCGGAAUGAAAUAUUUGAGCGCCUGCUGGCAAGAUUCUUGUCUGACUUUAUUCGCCCACUAUCCCGAUUCGUCAGAGAUACAAUAUCAAGACUAUGGCAACUGUGGUGAUACUUGUUUUAGCGACCCUACAUGGCUCCACUUUGUCCUUGAUGAGAGCGAACGGAUCACAGAGAUCUGGCGAUGGCAAAAGCAUUCCCGGAGAAGUGACAUUGUAGGUGAAUCUGGUCUAUCGGCCCACAGACUAUUAAGGAAGCACGGGACUGAGAUUACCUCAUCAAUCUCCCUGUUGGAGAACCAUCUACUAUCUACUUUGAUGAGUCACGGAGGUGUGUCAACUAAUCAGCCUUUCAUGCUGACUGGCUUAUCAACUAUCACUCCUUGUUGGCUCAAGGAAAAGUACGGGAAGCAUAUGAUCGGCUUUGUUUUCGUCUACGGGGAUGGCUGUGUGCGUACUAUUGGCCAAGUGCGGUUGGAUUCUUUAGCUAAACCAAUCGAUAUUACGGCCAGCUCUGGUAUGUCACUGAAAGAAAGGGGAAAGUACAGCCGCAAAAGUAUCGUGGAUGUUAAGAUUAGUACUCGGAAAGUUGAAGCAGAAGGAUGGAGAUGGUUUCCAUGGAAGGGGAGGAUGACUUGGUGGGAUCGACCUUGUGGAGGAGUCCGCCUUUUUCACGAAGUCUAA